GCCCCCUCCUCGAUCCUCCGGUGCAUAGGACGGAGAACGCGAAGGACACGUGUACGUGAAGAGCAGCCAUCGGAGGGAAUAUUCCGUUUUCUUUUACAGAAAGCCUCCGUAUCUGGCUCGAACAACAAGAUGGAUGAAAUGGAAGAGGAGUUAAAGUGCCCGGUGUGCGGCUCGUUUUUCCGCGAACCGAUCAUCCUGCCGUGCUCGCACAAUAUCUGCCUGGCCUGCGCGAGAAACAUCCUGGUGCAGACGCCCGAAGCCGAAUCCCCGCAGAGCAGCCGCGCGUCAGGCUCCGGCGUCUCCGAUUAUGAUUACUUAGAAUUGGAUAAAAUGAGUCUGUACAGCGAGACGGACAGCGGAUACGGCUCUUACGGCGGGUUCGUGAGCGCACCGACCACUCCGUGCCAGAAGUCCCCCAACGGGGUGCGCGUUUUCCCCCCUACCGUUCCUCCUCCGCCCCUGGCGCAACACCACCUGCUGCCUCACACCGGCGUCCUGCCGCCGGUCCCCCGGAACUCCUGCCUCACCUGCCCGCAGUGCCACCGCAGCCUGACGCUGGAUGACCGGGGGCUCCGGGGCUUCCCCAAGAACCGUGUGCUGGAGGGGGUUGUGGACCGGUAUCAGCAGAGUAAAGCAGCCGCGCUCAAGUGUCAGCUGUGCGAGAAGAGCCCCCGUGAGGCGACGGUCAUGUGCGAACAAUGCGACGUGUUCUACUGCGAUCCGUGCCGCCUGCGGUGCCAUCCGCCCCGGGGUCCGCUGGCCAAACACCGGCUCGUGCCUCCGGCGCAAGGCAGAAUCAGCCGCCGCACGAGUCCCCGAAAGAUCUCCACCUGCACCGAGCACGAGCUGGAAAACCUGAGCAUGUACUGCGUCCAGUGUAAGACCCCCGUGUGCUACCAGUGUCUGGAGGACGGCAAACACUCCACUCAUGAGGUCAAAGCGCUGGGGGCCAUGUGGAAGCUCCACAAGGGACAGCUCUCUCAAGCACUGAAUGUUCUGUCUGAUCGGGCCACAGAGGCCAAAGAGUUCCUGGUGCAGCUCAGAAAUAUGGUACAACACAUACAGGAGAAUGGAGUUGAAUUCGAGGCAUGUUUGGUUGCCCAGUGUGAUGCCCUGAUUGAAGCUCUCAACCGCAGGAAAGCUCAGCUUCUCAGCAGAGUAACCAAAGAACAUGAACACAAACUCUUAGUGGUUCGUGAUCAGAUAUCCCACUGCACGGUGAAGUUGAGGCAGACCACAGGAUUAAUGGAAUACUGUCUGGAAGUUAUCAAAGAAAAUGACCCCAGUGGCUUCCUGCAGAUCUCAGAUGCUCUGAUAAGACGGGUCCAUAUGACAGAGAAUCAGUGGGGGAAGGGCUCUCUCACCCCUCGCAUGAGCAGUGACUUUGACCUGACGCUGGACAGCGGACCCCUGCUGCAGACCAUACAGCAGUUAGACUUUGUCCAGAUGAAGGUUCCAGCUGCUCCUAUUCUUCAGAUGGAGGAGUGCUGUACUCAAACCAACAGUGCGACUCUGUCGUGGAAACAACCGCCUCUCUCCACCAUUGCUGUGGAUGGCUACAUUUUAGAACUGGAUGAUGGGAAUGGAGGCCAGUUCAGAGAAGUGUACGUUGGUACAGAGAUGAUCUGCACUGUGGAUGGUCUGCGCUUCAACAGCACUUAUAAAUCUCGUGUUAAAGCGUUUAACUCCAGCGGAGUCGGCCAGUACAGCAAAACGCUUGUCAUGCAGACAUCAGAGAUUGCCUGGUUCACCUUUGACUCUGUGUCGGCCCACCCUGACAUCAUCUUGUCCAACGACAACCUCACGGUGACGUGUAACAGUUACGACGACCGUGUCAUAAUGGGCAACACAGGCUUCUCUCGUGGCGUGCACUACUGGGAGAUGACCAUCGAUCGCUAUGACAACCACCCUGACCCUGCGUUUGGAAUCGCCCGGGCUGAUGUCCUGAAGGACGUGAUGCUGGGGAAGGAUGAUAAAGCCUGGGCCAUGUAUGUGGACAACAACCGCUCAUGGUUCAUGCAUAACAACUCACACACCAACCGUACUGAUGGAGGAAUAAGUAAAGGAGCGACUGUGGGUGUGCUGCUGGAUUUCUCUCGUGGGAUUCUGUUAUUUUUGAUAAAUGAUGAGCAACAGGGGCCCGUUGCCUUCAACACACUGGAGGGCAUGUACUACCCGGCCAUCAGCCUCAACCGCAACGUUCAGGUGACUCUUCAUUCUGGGCUGCCUGUUCCUGAUUUUUAUACACCUGGGGAAUCUGAAGCUGCAGGCUCAGUCUGCUGAAGAGUCAUUACACGCUUAUAUACAUAUGCACACACACGCACAGACAAGUGCACAUGGAU